UUAGUUGUUAGAUUUGUGCUUAAAAAUUUACCAAUUUAUUUAGUUAGAAUUGUAAAUAUUUUUUUCUAUUAGCUAGAAAUGUCAAAUUAAUAAGAUAAUCAAGACUUAUAAAAGUUAGAAUCACUUCAAUAAUCAUCUUAACAGAAUAAUAUUAAAAGGAAGUCUAGCGAAUUAAUAGAAGAUAGCGAAUAAGGAAAUGUUGAUUAACAAUAAAAUACCAAGAAUAGCUCAUAAAAAAUUUAAGUUAAGGAAGAUAGCAAUAGCAGUGAAAAUAUUUAGUAGAAAUGUAAGAAGGAUUGUUAAAAUUAGAAUGGUUAAAAUAACGUCUCCUAAACUGAGGAUACCAGCUAAAAUAAUUAGGAGUUACGUUUAAAAGCAAAUAAUAAGGAGAAGAAGAUAAAUAGUGAUAUGAAACAUUUUCUCUCUUUGCUACAAAAAGUUGAAUAAGCAAAACUAAAAAAAGAGUAAUUAACUAAAGCAGGUUAAGAUGUGGGAUUUAGUUAAUAGGACCAUUAAAAUGAAUUUAAUUCUAAUAAAGAUGAAUAAGAUGAUAAUUAGCAAAGCUAAUUUAAUGAAUAAUAACAAAAAGAAUCAUAAUGUUAAAAUAAAGAUGAGCAAAAAAAUGAGGACAAUACUAAUGAUAUUAUAGAUAAUUAAGAUAAUUUAGUGUAAAGUAAUGUGAAGGAAUAAAAAUAAAAUAAAUUUGUAAAUUCUAAAUAGCCAAAUUAUGAAGGAAAAAGCUAAUAAGAAGUUUAUAGUCUACAUCAAAAUGAUAUAGAUAUAGGAUUUAAUAGCUAUUCUAUGUAAGAUUUUGAAAGAAAAUAACUUGAUGAAGAAUAUGAUGAUGAUGAAGAUGAAAGGCUAAUAGAAUUUUAAAGAUUAGAAGAUAUUCAAAAAUAAGAAAAUGACUUUUCUUCAAAAAAAAACUUUGAAGAAAUUUAAUUGAGUGAUAAAAUUUAACAAAACUCUUAAGAUUAAAGAGACUGGAAAGAAAUAGUAGAAGAUGAAAAUUUAUCUGUAAUAUAUUCAGAUGCAAAUGAAAGUAGAAGAUCUACUCAUGAUAACACUCACUUUAAUUAGAGUCAUAAAGAAAAAUAAUUAAUAGAGGAAACUAUUAAUUUAAUUACAUAAGAAAUAGAAUAAGAGGAUAAACUUAUCCCAAUCUUAUAAAAUUUUAAAUCCAUUCAAAUGAAUUAUAUAUCAAAGCAAUAGCUUUUAUUUGAAGAGAAUGAGAAGUUAAAAUUAAAAGCAGAUUAAUUAAAUCAUAAAAAUUAGCUUUUAGAAAAAACCAUUCAUUUUUCUAAGCAACAGAUAAAGCAUUUAGAAUCUCAAAAUACCAAAUUACUUGAUGAAUAUGAAUAUAUUUAAAGAGAAGUAGAAAAAAUGAGAUAAUUGGAGAAGGAAUUAAAGCACUCCUUAAAUGAAGCUAAAUAAAUGAAUUUAAAUUUUAGUGAAUUACUUAGAAUCAAAAAUGAAGAGAAUAAAUAAAAAGAGUUUUAAUCGAAAAUGAUAAUGGAAAAUUAUAAAAAAUUAGGGAUAUAAAUGUCUUAGUUUCAGUAAAAUUAUGGCUCUUUAAAUGAAAGCAUUAAAUUAAUAGUGACUUAAGUUCUAGAAUCAUUAAAUACUGAUAAAGAGAUCAAUUAAAAUAGGCUUUUGAGUAAUUUUUCAUAAGAUUCAAAUUUCAAAAGCACAAAUUCAGAUAAAUUUCCUUUACAGACAGAUAUUAAUAGCCUACUUGAUUAGUAAUCCGACUCUUCAUUUUUAAAGAAUGUUUCUUCGCCAACUUACCUUAAUUAUUAGUCAGAGAAUAUUCACAAUUAAAAUAAAAGACUAUCUUAUAUCUAAAGAGCAGGUAAAUUGAAUGAUAAAAAUAGCUUGCAUAAAUCAAAAGACAGCUAUUCUGCCAAUAUUAAAAAAAAGAGACCCUCUAAUAUAUUAAUUGAAUUAGGCGAUAACCCCAGCAUAAAUAAAAGUCCUAUAAAUAAAUCUGCUAGUGUCUCUCCAAUAAGAAAAAAUUUCAAGCCACACUAAUUUAGCAAUCCUUUUUAUUAUAGUCAAACAACAAGAAAUUCUUAAAAUUAGUCUUCAAAAGCAAAAUAAAUAUAAGAAACUUACAAGAAUUACUUAAGUAGUAAAAAAUGA